AUGCUGUUUGGAGUGAAAUUGGCCAAUGACAUUUAUCCUCCUUGGAAGGGUUCUUAUAUUAAUUAUGAGGGUCUCAAAAAAUUUCUAAAGGAAGAUAGCGUGAAGAAUAGAAGUGACGAUAAGAAAUCACACUGGGACGAUUCAGAUGAGUCCAGGUUUGUGGAAGAGUUGGAUAAGGAACUUGAAAAAGUUUACGGUUUUCAACUGAAAAAGUAUAACAACUUGAUGGAGAGAUUGUCUCAUCUGGAGAAACAAACAGAUUCGGAAACAGCUAUCAAGGCCUUGAACGCCGAUGCAUUUCAACGUGUCUUGGAAGAGCUGUUAAGCGAGUCUACUGAAUUAGACAAUUUUAAGAGAUUGAACUUUACUGGGUUUGCCAAGAUUGUUAAGAAACAUGACAAGCUAUAUCCAAAGUAUCCAUCUGUCAAAUCUUUGUUGGAAGUUCGAUUAAAGGAAUUGCCCUCCCAUUCGGAAGAAUAUUCCCCAUUGCUGUAUCGUAUUUCCUUUUUGUACAACAUUUUGAGAAGUAAUUUUAACACCGCCUCUCAACCCUUAGCCAGCGCUUCUAAGUUUUCUAGUAUUGCCAGCAAUGACAUGGACAUGAAUUUUAGAAGCUUCAAAUUUUGGGUUCAUAAUGACAAUUUAAUGGAGGUUAAAACAAGGAUCUUGAGACAUCUUCCUGUAUUGGUCUACGCUAAUGUUCCCUCCGAAAACGAUGACCUGGUUAAUAGAUUCGAAUCAGAUAUAUCAAAUAAUGAUGAAAUUGUGGGUAGUUCAAGUUCCAGUAGCAGCGUAGAACAUGGCCUGGGAGGACGUUCCUAUGAUCCACUAAUUAACACGCUAUAUUUUGACAAUGAGCACUUUGAAUUAUAUAACGACAAGUUAUUGAAGUUAAAUUCAGCACCAACUUUAAGAUUAAGGUGGACUGGCCAGUUAUCCGAUAAGCCGGAUAUUUUCUUGGAAAAGAAAACUCUUAUUGAAGACGAAGCCACUGGGAAAUCUGAAUUUGAUCUAACAAAAUUACAACUGAAGCAAAAAUUCAUUAAUGGAUUUAUUUUUGAAGGCGAUAAGAAAUUUAAAGAGCAAACUUUGAAAAAGUUAAAAGAAAGCGGUACAGCAGAGAGAGAUCUAGAAAGAUUAAAAGAAGAUUUCUCUGAUAUUCAAAACUUUAUCAUCAAGAAUGAAUUACAACCAGUUUUUAGGACUGUUUACACCAGAACUGCUUUUCAGAUUCCCGGCGAUGAUAAGAUAAGGGUAACCAUUGAUUCUAACAUUGUAUUCAUCAAGGAGGAUUCAUUCGAUAGAGAGCGUCCGAUUAGAGGCCCUAAUACCUGGCAUAGAACUGACAUUGAUGCCAAUGUUGCAAAUCCCUUAAAAUUUCUGAGGGAAGGCGAAUAUGCUAAGUUUCCUUAUUCAGUAAUGGAAAUCAAAGUGAAAAGUUCGUUGGAUUCUUCGAUGUCAGCUAGUUCUAUGAUUUCUAACGUAAAACUGCCUAAAAAGCAUGGCCAAUGGUUGAACGAUUUGACGAAUUCUCAUCUAGUCAAAGAAAUUCCAAAGUUUUCUAUCUUUGUGCAAGGUGUGGCAUCAUUGUAUGGAGAUGAUGAAAAAUUAGAUAUCUUACCAUUUUGGCUACCAGACUUAGAAACAGACAUUAGAAAGGAUCCUAAGCAGGCGUAUGAGGAGGAAAAGAAAAAAUUGCUAAAACAAAAAGAGAUACAGAAGAAAAUAGAUGGGAUGAGAAGACUUUCGAACUUCAAAGAGCCUCAACACCAGGCGCCAGAACCAAUAUCCCAUGAGGAAACUGAACGUAUUAUUUCCCAAGGUGAUUUGGAGGCUGACGGUUCAUCAGAUGAGGAAAUUGAGCCAGAACCUCACUCGAAAAGAUCAAAGAAAGUUCGGAGAAGAAAACCCAAGGCUACUUUCUUAAGAAUCUUGGCUGGAAGAGAUCCAAAGUUAAUGGGAGUGGAUUCUGAAGAGGAGGAAAUUGAAUUGCCGCCUGGAGUGAAAAAGCCAUUAAAUUUAUUGAAAAAUGCUGGUCCUGUGAACGUAGAGGCAAAGGUUUGGCUUGCUAAUGAACGUACAUUUAACAGAUGGUUAAGCGUGACCACUUUAUUAAGUGUUUUGACAUUCUCAAUUUAUAAUUCUGUGAAGAAAGCCGAAUACCCUACUUUGGCUAACUACAUGGCAUAUGUUUAUUUCGGCUUAACAAUAUUCUGUGCUUUAUGGUCCUAUUCUAUCUAUAUGAAAAGAGUUGACAUCAUCCAACAAAGAAGCGGUCAACAUUUAGAUGCACCACUUGGUCCAGUUUUGGUUGCUAUUGUUUUAUUUGUCACUCUAGUAGUUAAUUUUGUUAUGGCGUUUAGAAACGCAGCAAAAUCUCGUCAAGAGUUGCAAAUACAGAAUUUAGAAAUUCCCGAAAGAAUACCAGAAGUAUUGAGGCCACUUCAAAAUUAUCUAUUCAAGUUAAUGGGGCCAAGCAGUGAUUAA